AUGGCGUUAAUAGCCUUGAGCAUCUUCCUGUGUGUAGUUUUCCUAGAUACAGGAUGGGGAAGCAAGCCUUCAGCCGAUCACAGUCUCUGCAAACUAGAAAAGAGAAGUGCUGAUUGCAAUCGGAGGCGGCUGGACUCUGUCCCAGCAGACUUGCCUGCUGGGACAGAGGAACUUCUUUUGGAUGCCAACAGUAUACAGACUGUAAGGAAUGCUUCUUUGGGGCAGUAUCUGUUCCUGCAGAGCCUCAGACUAUGCGAGAAUAGGUUGGAGCUCAUUGAACCUGGGGCCUUCCUUGCCAGCAGGACUCUUAGUUUUCUCUUCCUGGCCAACAAUGCUCUCUUCAUGAACUAUUCCAUGACAGCAGCUGCUCUGUGGUCUUUGCCUGCCCUGAGAAAGCUGGACCUAUCAGGAAACCAACUCACUGAGGAGAUGAUGGCCACACUGAUCCAGCAGUUGUCUUCCUUAGAAUCCUUGUUUUUGGCCAGGAAUGCUAUUAUGAGGCUGGAUGACUCUCACUUCAAAAACUUGCCCCACCUGCAGAACCUGGAUUUGCAGCAGAACUACAUCUUUGAGAUUGAGAUUGGUGCCUUCGAAGGUUUACAAGGGCUGCAGUAUCUUAAUCUGGCCUACAACUACAUGCCUUGCAUUGUGGAUUUUGACCUGGCCCAACUGCGGGUGCUCAAUGUCAGCAACAACCACAUCGAAUGGUUCCUGGCUGCAGAGAAUGAUGCCACUUUUGAACUAGAAACACUAGACCUUUCCCACAACCAGCUCCUGUUCUUCCCACUGUUGCCCCGGCUAAAUAAACUGCAAAGUCUGCUGCUUACACACAAUCGGAUGAGCUUUUAUGGCAAACUUUUCAAUGAUUCAGAGAGUACACUGCAACUGCAGUCACUGUAUGGCAAUUCCACCAAUGUCACCACGAUCAACCUUUGGGAAGAAAUCAGCCAUGGUGUCCUCUCUUUCCUGAGUUUUCUGGACAUGAGCUGGAAUCGGCUCCAGUACCUGCCUGAAAGAUUUUUUGAAGGGAUGGUUUCCCUCACUCACCUGAAACUCAGUCACAACUGCUUAGAAACAUUGCACAUCCACGAGGGGGAAUUGCUAAACUCCCUCGUCCAUUUGGAUCUCAGCUACAAUCAGCUCUUGGAUCUACAGAUGAGCUUCAGUCCUGGAGUGACUUUACCUAACCUCAGAUGGUUUAAUCUAAACAACAACAGACUGCGUGGCUUGCCAGCUGAAAUUUUUACCCAUGCAACAAAGAUCACUACAGUUGACCUCAGUCACAACCCAGUAGAGAUUUGUGGAAGCGCUGCGAGUGCUGCAAGUCCCAUGUGCGUAGAUAUCAGAAAUGCUGGCUCCUUGAGGAAUCUCUACUUGGCUGGUUGUAGCCUCAAAGUGUUGGGCAGCCAUGUCUUCAGGGGUGCUUCCUUAGUACAGUUAGAUCUUUCUGACAAUCCAAGUGCACUACUUGCUGGCCUGGUACCUCUGCAAGAUGUGGCGCCUUCCCUGCAGGUGCUCUCUCUCAGGAACACCGGCCUGUCUGCUGCAAGCAUAAAUGUGGACUUUUCUGCUUUUCAGAAGCUCAGAAACCUGGACCUGUCUGAAAACUCUCUGGCCAGCUUCCCUGGGUCUUUAAUAGGCUUGAGACUGAGCAAGCUUGAUCUCAGGAGAAAUGGCCUCCACUCUCUACCUCAACGUGUCAUGCAAAAUCAGCUUGGGAAGAGUUUGCGUGUGAUCUACCUCAGCCAGAAUCCCUAUGACUGCUGCAGUCUGGGGUGGUGGGAUGCCCUUCGCAGUCCCCACACUGUACACAUUGCGGACAUGAGUCAAGUCACCUGCAACUACUCCUCCAGGUUAAUCAGUGCAGCAAAUCUACCAGAAACAGUCCUCCAGAGUUGCAGGUGGCUCACAGCAGAUAUGGUGUUGCUUUAUCUGGUGCUGGCUCUUCCCCCUUGCUUAGCUCUGCUGGUUGCCUUUGCCAUCAUUUUUUUGACUUUCAGACAACGGAUUCUGCAAAUGGUGAAGCGCAGGUAUAGAACGUCCAGCCCGUAUUGA